UCCCGCGAAGAGAGAACAGGAAACGAAGACUUUUCGUUGGAAACUGGAAAGGGUUGCGCCUCAAACGGACCGACUUCUCUUCACUUCCGGGUGUUUAUGUGUUUGCCCGUUAGGGCAUCGUCGCGGUGCCCAUCAACGAAGAGCACAUCAGCGCAGAGCAGCGGUGGUAUCCUCCUCCCCCUCGGCAGCAGACCACCAUCCGAGCAGCGGAGCAGCAGCUGUAGAAGCCUUUGGGUUACUCUCUGUCUCUGUCUCUGUCUCUGUUUCUGUCUGUCUCUGUCUCUGUUUCUGUCUGUCUCUCUCUCAAGGUACGCGCCUCGCUCCCCCCGUAUCUCUCUCUACCUUCCUAUAGUCAGUGAGUUGGACGGUGGUGGGGAACGGCGGAGAAGGGUGGAGAGUUGCUUUGGCGAUGGAUUUUCCGUCUGUCGCUCGAGGAGAUGGCGCUUUCAAAACCCGCCCUCCUCCCUCGUUUUUCUUCGCCUUCCCCUUACCCUUUCGUUGCCUCUCCUUCGCCUCUUACCCUUGCUCACUUUCACGAAGCGGCUUUGACAGGUACAAUCUACUCUCACGCACCGGCUUUGACGGGUAAAGAGGAAAGAUGCGGGCAAUACCUCAAAAGGAGGGAAUUGUCUGUGAGAAGCGGGCUAAAGUGUUCUCUCGCUAUUUCUCUCACGCAGAAGAAGGAACCAAAGAGAAGGAAAAUUAUAAGAAGAAGAAGGCGAUGGGUGAGAAGGGUGGUGAUGGAAAUGGCAGGAGAGAAAGAAGAAGAAGAACAAAAAACUCGAGCCAACCGCCUCCUCCACCGAUCGUUGUUUCUCCGUACUUCUCCCGCGCUAUGGCGAAUUCACCGAAAAGAAGAAGGGUGGAGGAACUCGGAGCACCCUUAACAGGGAAUUUCAAAAUUCAGAAAAGAUUGCCUAUGGAGAUUGGUGAUUUGGUUUCCCCAGAUGUUAAUUGCAGCAAAAAGGUGAACUGCAGUGAAGCUGGGAAGGGAGUUGCGAAGAGAAAGAUGGAGACAGGAAGGGUGGCAGCAAAUCAAGGCAGCCCUGAAGACUUCGGUGUAUUGCCAUCAACAUCUGCCGACAGCGCUGCAGGAUCUCUCGUCGGAAGGAUGUCUCCACAUUGUGAAAGAAUCAAAGAAGCGAAGAAAACGGUUGGGAGCAACAAGAAAAAACCGAAGGGGAGAAGUGGGAACGUUGGCAUGUCAACUCCGUCCAAGAGAGCCAGUGAUAGUCAAAUCCGGAUCGUCUCUCCGUACUUCAGCAGAGUUGAAGAAAAUGAAGGUUCCAAAAAGGGUGGGAAAAGGAGAAGCUCCACAACAUCAUCAGCAGCACCACCUUCACAGCCAUCACCUUUUCCAGAAGUAGUUAAGGAUAGCAAUAUCAAAAGAAGACGAGUUAAGUCUUUUGUGCUAACGAAGAAACAAAAGACUAUGGAUGCUUAUAAAAGGAGGACGUCAGACAACAACUGGGUCCCGCCUCCCUCCCCAUUUUGUCUUAUGCAAGAACAAUAUUACGAUGACCCAUGGAAAGUGUUAGUUAUCUGCAUCUGCCUCAAUCAUACGUCCGGCACUCAGACAAAGAGAGUUAUAGAGGAUCUGUUCGAUCUCUGUCCUGACCCUUUGACAAUGAUGUCAACUCGUGCUCGUGAAAUAGAAAGAGUGACACAAUCUCUUGGCUUGCAGAAGAAACGGGCAGAGAUACUUCAACGCUUUUCUUUUGAAUAUGCAACCACGGGAUGGACCCACGUGACGGAACUACAUGGCAUUGGGAAGUAUGCAGCCGAUGCAUAUGCGAUAUUUUGUACAGGAAGGUGGAUGGAUGUUCGUCCCGAUGACCACAUGCUAAACAAAUAUUGGGACUUCCUCUGGAAAUUUCACUCAACGGAUCUGCCUGUUCAAGAUUCAGUUGUGCCCGCAUGAACAGAAAUAUCUGCUUAUCAUUCCACAUUGCUUCGCUAGAGUUUAUAACAGAUAGGGGAAGCCGUGGCAGACUUUGUGGCUAUUUACAGCAGGUUACAGAAUUUCAAGAAGGCCGCUCGUGAUCCUUAGAUUUUCCUGGUGUUAUUGUUUGGUAUUGUUAUCAACAUUUGCUGUAACAUGUUACAGGGCUUGGAGAGAAAACAGAAAGCGAUGCCAAGCCUAAACCUGACAUGGUUAUAUGUAAGCUUAACAGGCAUUAAUAGCUGUUGUCUGAUCUGAAACGUUUGCUGCUAUUAGCUUUAUCAACUGGGGAAGCAGGCUUCUUGGUUGUAGGAGCGAGGGAACGAAUCAAAUGAGAGAACGGCACAGGAUCAGAAAUUUCAAUGAGCUCAGUUCAGAAAUUUAUCUGGAUGCAGACCUAUCAUUAUGAACUAUUCCGAAUAAGGUUCCCAAACCGCUGAAAAACCUGAAAAUGGACAAAUUGUGGAGCUGGGGAAAGUUAAGGCUUCAUUUUUUGGGUCGUGGAUCGCGCGUUAACAGUUUCAUAUUUGAAAUCCAUAUCUGGUGAUGCCCAGAACAUAUUCUUAUCGUCAUAAGGGUGUGCUAUCAUUGAUUCGUUAUUGCUAACUUGUUUUUUUAAUAAACUGGUUAUUAUAUUGGUGUAGGUCCCCGGGUUGUGAAUAUUAGGCACCGUCCGAGGCGGCAGUGACAAUCUAUACUUGUUAAUCCUGGGUUUUGUGUUUUUUAUACAUUUGCUAAGGAUUAAUGGACUCGUUCGGUUGUUGAUAGUUGAA